GCUGGGCUACGGUUCCACUUCCAGAUAUGGAAAAAUGACUACUGCAGCCCUACACCAUUUCAGGCCUGUUACAGAACAGUUUGGAAGAAUCAGGCAUAAAACCAGAGCAGGACCACAGGAUGAAGCAUAGGCACUCAUAGGUCUGGAGAUAGACCAGGGACCAGUGACAAGUGAGUAGGGAUGAAUUAGAAGCAAGCCAUUGCAGGGGGAUGGGACAAAGCCAAACUGACCAUCCUCAGCAUGAAGAAGACUCCAGUUGGGUGCCAAUUGCUGAUUCAGUCGCCUCCUUGGUGCUAGGCCUGUGUGUUCUGCUGAGUGUCCACAGCCUAAGGUGGUGGUGGGGCUGAAAGCAACUAGGGACACAAGGGAGAGGAGGGAAGUGGUACACAGCCCAGUACUAGUGUUAUUGGACAGGUAUUUAUUGAUGGGUUGCUGUGUGCCAGGCUCUGUCCCCAGCACUAGAGUCCAGAGGUAGCAGAUGGGAAGACAGUAAAUCUGUCCCAGUCAUCCAGGCUGGGCCUGAACUACCCCCAAUCAAUAACCUGGACUGGAUUCCCACUGAGGCCUCAGUUCUCAAGUCCUCCAAGACCCUGUGCUCUCCGGUCUCUACAGGCCUGCUGUUAACCUGGCCUGGUGAGUGGCACCCCCCGAGUGGGGGAGGGAGUUGUCCUGGCUCUGACCUAGAUAUCAGAUACUGAGGUAGGGAGGAGGCAGCGGGUCUGGAAGGGAGGGUACAGUUGUUUGGCUCAUCAGAAGCAUCCUGAGGUUUCCCUGCUGAAUCCUCCAAGGGGCUGCAGACAAUCGUGUAUUGUCAGCAGGGGCUGUAGCAUGGAGGACAGGAGCAGCUACACGGAGGGUCCUGGUCCUGCAGAGGUGAAGACUAAACCCUGCCAUGGGAGCUGGAGAGCCAUAAGUCUGCUGCUGCUGCUGUUGGCCUUAGCCACUGCAGGGGUUGUGGCUGGAGGGCUUCUUGGCUUCACUCAAGGCCCUCCCAAGCCAUUCCUGCAGAUGCUGCAACUGACUCUCCCAAGCCCACGGGUGCCCAGGUUCAACCAAACCACCCUGGUGGACAUGGUCCGGAACAUGGCAACCAUUAUGGUGACUCCACCUCAAAGCAACCGCAGCUGGACAGUGCUGUUUGAUGGGCAAAAUGGCUGCAUCUGCUACCGUCCAGCAGAGCACCAGGCCUGCUUCCUCCGCCUAAUGGAGGCCCAAGAUUGGGAGACCCUGCAGCUAAUGGUGAACACCUCCAGGGUGAGCAGCCCCACUUGGCUCAACCCCCAGGACAGGAACCAGACAAAGGGUCCUGUGUGCCACCGGCCCUGGCCAGCUGCGGCUCUGGUUUCAGAGAACAGAGCGCUCUAUCUUCCCUUAGCUGAGGCUGCUGAUAACAGAUGGCUGGGCUGUCAGGUUGGGGUGGGAUGUGUGGCCCCAACCCAGCCAGAAGCAGGCAAGUACCCCAUGCUAUGGCCCACCAGAGCCUUUUUGCAGGCCCAACAGUCCCAUGCCCCUGGCCAGGACACCCACCAUGCCCAAGAGCUGCUGGCAGUGCAUGGGAGCCAUACCGUAGAUCCUGCCCAGGUGGGAGCUUCAGUCCAACAGCUCUGUGCAAAGAUUCCCAUCUAUUGGGCCCAUCGAGUGGAAGGGCCCCAGAGACAGCGGCUGAUCUAUCUCUGCAUUGACAUCUGCUUCCCAAGCAACAUCUGCAUGUCCGUCUGCUUUUAUUACCUUCCAGACUAAGUCCUCUCCCUGACCCAUCUGGACUUGUCUCCACAGGCCACCAGUUGGCUGGUCAGCAGCACCAUGGAAGGCAACUGCUGGCAGGGACAAAUAAACCCUUGCACCUGG